GCCUGGAAGGUAUCCAUCUGGUGUGUAGAGCUCACUGGGAAGUGCCGUCCACGGAUUGCGUCUCUCCAGCUCCUCUCAGAAAGUGGCCGGACAGCCUAGUGGAGCAGCAGGUGCAGGAGCAGCAGGUGCAGCAGCAGCAGGCCCUUAAGGAGAGCGAUAGCCAUGUCCUCCAGCUCAGCCAUGGUGCGGAUCCUGAUAAAAGGAGGUAAAGUGGUGAAUGACGACUGCACCCUGGAGGCCGACGUUUACAUCGAGAACGGCAUCAUCCAGCAGGUGGGGAAGGAGCUGAUGAUCCCCGGGGGGGCCAAAGUCAUCGACGCCUCGGGGAAGCUGGUGCUCCCCGGGGGCAUCGACACCAGCGUCCACCUGGAGGAGAGCUUCAUGAACGCCACCACGGCCGACGACUACUACAGCGGCACCAAGGCCGCCUUAGCCGGUGGGACGACGAUGGUGAUCGGACACGUUCUGCCGGAGAAGGAUGAGUCUCUGCUGGAAGCCUACGAGAGGUGCCGCAGCUCGGCGGACUCCAAGUCCUGCUGCGACUACGCUCUGCACGUGGGCGUUACGUGGUGGGGACCCAAGGUGCGAGCAGAGAUGGAGAAGCUGGUGAGAGAGAAGGGAGUGAACUCUUUCCAGAUGUUCAUGGCGUACAAGGACACGUUCAUGCUGAGGGACAGCGAGCUGUUCCAAGUCCUUCAGCACUGCAAGGACAUCGGAGCCGUGGCAAGGGUCCACGCCGAGAACGGGGAGCUGGUGGCUGAGGGAGCAAAGGAGGCGUUAGACCUGGGCAUCAGUGGUCCGGAGGGGAUUGAAAUCAGCCGUCCUGAAGAGUUGGAAGCAGAGGCAACGCACAGGAUAAUCACCAUCGGCAACAGGGCUCACUGCCCGGUCUAUCUGGUGAAUGUGUCCAGCAUGUCUUCAGGAGAUGUAGUGGCUUCAGCGAAGAUGCAAGGUAAGGUGAUCCACGGGGAAACAACCACAGCCCACGCUGUCCUGAACGGCAUGCAAUACUAUCACCAGGACUGGGCUUAUGCAGCCGCCCACGUCACCGUGCCUCCUCUUCGCCUGGACCCCAACACGCCAAAUUUCCUCAUGAGUCUACUGGGAAAUGACUCUCUGAAUGUUGUUGCCUCUGACCACCGUCCAUUCACCAUCAAACAGAAAGCAAUGGGUAAGGAUGAUUUCACAAAGAUCCCCCAUGGGCUUCCUGGCAUCCAGGAUCGGAUGAGCGUCAUCUGGGAGAAAGGAGUGAUUGGAGGUAAAAUGGAUGAGAAUCGCUUUGUUGCAGUCACAAGUUCCAACGCAGCCAAGAUCUACAACCUCUACCCCAGGAAAGGCAGGAUCAUCCCCGGUGCAGAUGCUGAUUUGGUGGUCUGGGACCCCGAGGGAUCCAAGACCAUCUCGGUGGACAGUCAGGUUCAGGGCGGUGAUGUAAACCUCUACGAAGGCCUCCGCUGUCAUGGCGUGCCUCUGGUCACCAUCAGCCGCGGCCGUCUGGUCUAUGAAAAUGGCAUGUUCACGUGUGCCGAGGGCUCUGGAAAGUUUUGCCCGCUGAGGACUUUCCCAGAUUAUCUCUACAAGAAGAUGGUUCAGAGGGAGAAGAGUCAGGCAGUGAAGGCCGUGGAGCGGGAGCCCUACGACGGUGAGGUUGUUGCCGUGGUGAAUUCAGGAAAAAGGGACUUUGGCGCCUCGGACCUGGACACCCCCACGCGCCCCUGCACCCGGCACGGUGGGGUGAGGGACCUCCACGAGUCCAGCUUCAGCCUGUCGGGGGCUCAGAUCGAUGACAGCAUUCCAAAGAGAUCCUCCGCGAGGAUCUUGGCUCCUCCUGGAGGGAGAUCCAGCGGGAUCUGGUAAACCUUGCACGCCGCCAGGGUGGAGGAUGCCUGAGGGAGAUGUACGGCAGAACAAGAAGUCUGUUCAUUUUAUUUAUUUAUUUUUGUCUUUCACGUUGAACUCAGAACAGUUAUUUAGAGCUGUAAAAUCGUGUGACUUUGCCAUUAUAAUGUUGCAGAACGGCCAGGGUACCAAAUUCCAGUCAAAUGUUAACAAAACAUCAGUAGCGAAUAAAAAAUGAGUUGCUGUUGGGUGACUUUGGGGAUUGGAUCGUGCUAGGGGGGGAGAAGCAUCGUAUCUUAUUAAUGGUUUUAGGAAUGAAGGUGAGUCGUGUUAUUUUUUUUGAUAAGCUUGUGUAACCCGUCUGUAAAAUCCAAUUUUGCACUUGUAUCAUGUACUAUUUACAUGCCUUUUUACAUCAUUUAAUGUCACAAAAAAUAAUGUCCUUUUAUGGCGAACCGUAUGAUGUGUAGUUAAAUAUUGCAAUAUUAGCUGUUAAACAAAUAGUUCAAUUGAUGGAGGAACGAAUACAAGCUUUUUUUUUAUGUUGCAUUAUUUGAGUUGUUUUUUUCUACUUUGAUGAUAUAAUUAACUCAAAUAGGAAUGACGUUUGAGCUCAGUGGUUUGUUGUCAGAUUAGCAUUUUAGAUCAUGUUUAUAGCCUUAUAGCGUAUGAUGGACAGCUGGAAUAGGCUCCACACACACACACACACACACACACACACACACACACACACACACACACACACACACACACACACACACACACACACACACACACACACACACACACACACACACACACACACACACACACACACACACACACACACACACACACACACACACACACACACAGGACCUUAGACAAGCAGGUGUAGAGAAGUGGAUGGUUGGUUAUAGCCUUAUUUAGCAUGAUGAACUUCUGUUCCACCCCUAGCAAAUGUGAAUACACCUCCGCUGUGACGCCUGCAGGUGGCAGCACUGCUUGAACUAUGACACCAAGCACAAGUGUGGAUUGUGUUACGCAGCACUCUUUGUGAUCAUAUUCAUCCACAGAGAGAGAGAAAAAAAAAAGCCUCACACAAGUUGCCUCCUUCACCCUCGAACACAUCGUUUCACCUCACCAGUGCAGACCACGGCACCAUCACUGUCCUUUCUUUUUCACUGCUCUGAAAAUACUGGGUGUAAAUCUUCCUCUUUCUGACACCAAUUUCAACAUACCACUGUGAACAAUAUGGAAAUUAAAACAUCCCACUUGGCGUUUACAUUUGUAAUUAACUGCCCUCUUAUGCCACCAGACGUUGUAUGUUUGUUCAAACCCUCUUGAUACUUUUUUAAAGCCGUCUACUACUGUAUAUGUAUUUUUAUUUCUUAUAUUUACCCAAGAAUAAUUGUCUUUAGGACCUGUUUUUUUAUUCAGUUUCUGUCACGUAUAAGUUGGGAUGCAAAAACUCACAAUAGUCUGAACUUUUUUGCACAGAUUUCACUUUCCGUCUUGCAGAGCUGCAGUGACUCUUGUCACGUCUUUCCCCUGCCAAGUUACACUGGUGCUGAACAAUGUAUCGUCACAUUGAAUCCAUGUUUCCUGUACCGAUUUUUGUUAUCUUUUCUUUAUCACAUGAUUUAAGUGCAAAUAAAAACACAUUGAAUCCCA